AGCGGAAGAGGGAGGGGGAGACUGAAACGAUAUCACGAUGACGAAUGAAGAGAGGAAAAAUACGUAAUGUGCGCACUUCGUAUUCAAUUUCGCUACCGGGGGAUUCAGUGAGCGAGGGGAGACGCCGAAAGAGAAGGGGGGGGGCCCAUAAGCCACGCGCGUAUCCGCCUACCUACCCACCCACCCUGCUCGCGCAUCCAACCACCGCUGACGCGGCUACGGGGUAGUUGGUAGGCAGGCCAGCAACCACUGUUUGCUCCACCCCCGCCUCCGAACGCCGAAAUCGACGGACGGACGGACGGACGGGCAAGACGAAUUAACAGAAAGGCUACGCGAGGCGAAGAGGGGAGAAUAUAUCCGGCUUAGCAGGGGAAGACAGGAGGAGAGAAGCGAGAAAGAAUGGACGGGCAGGAGGAGGGGGGAGGAGGGGCGGACUGACGCCCGUCCUUCGCUGUCAUUGCGCGGUUCCCGGAUGAUGAACAUAAGCCUUCGAUUUAGUUUGGUUUGGCCUGGUUUUUUUUCUCUCUCUCUCUCUCUUCUUCUAUAUAUAUCAGCGGUGUCUUACUUAUCGGCGUCAUCCACACACACACACGUAAUCCACGUCCGCGUCGUGCCGGCGCGCCAUCCGUCCAUCUGUCCAUCGCUCUCUGCUCUCUUCUCUCUUUCUCUCGGGCUCCGGUCCCCACGCGCCCUCCUGGUUGGGGCUAAGUUAGUAGUGUUCGGGAGUUUCUUCCCCGUAGCGUAGUAUUCCGCAACCACCCCCUCCCCCCACUCUUUUCUCCUCGCGUACGUACUCCGCCCGGCGGACGCCGACGGGCUUCGGCCUC